CCUUCCGCCAAGCCAAACGCGCCCGCGCCUGCGCGCUCUACUCGUAAAGCUCUCUCGCUUCCGCCCGUCUCCCUCGAGCCCGGUUCCCAUCAAACAGCAAGCGGCGAGUCCGAUUCACCCCGCAAGAACGAGCUCCUUGCUCUGAGGAGGUAGGAUGAAGAGGGUGCGCCGCUUCUUCAAUCUGAAAGAUUUGGGGAGGGGCAAAGAGAAGGACACCGCGGCCGGAACAGCAGUGUCAACAGGAUCUGAUGAUGAGGAUACAAGAUUCACACUGAAUGUGGAAACUUUUAGCUUCAAAGAGCUAUCUGCUGCAACUGAUAAUUUCAAUGAUUACCUCCUGAUAGGCUCUGGAGGCUCAGCCAAAGUCUAUGAAGGCCGCUUACCAGGGAUUGGAAAGGUUGCUGUCAAGCGGUUGAGCUUUGGUGGAGUUUCUAGACAUACAGCUGCCCAUCUGCAAAGGGGGUUUCUUAGGGAGGUCUUUGUGCUCAAUUCAAUUAACCACCCUAACAUUGUGAGGCUAAUUGGUUGCUGUUCUGAGGAAAGUGAACGACUUCUUGUUUAUGAAUAUAUUUACUGGGGUUCUAUGCGUAAAUGUUUGAGUGAGUUGGACUGGCAGAAAAGAAUGAAUACUGCCCUUGGUGCAGCUAAGGGUCUGGAGAGACUCCAUCUCCAAGUCAAUCCAUCAAUCAUUCACAGGGACAUCAAAUCAGACAACAUUUUAUUAUGCAUGGACUUUGAGCCAAAGGUUUCUGAUUUUGGGUCUGCUAAAAUUGCCCCAGCUGGGGGCGCAGGAUCUGGACAGGUGGGAACAUUUGGAUAUAUGGCACCAGAGGUUGCUUUUUGUAAAUCCAUAUCAAUCCGGUCAGAUAUUUACAGUUUUGGGGUUGUGCUCUUGGAGCUCAUUACUGGACGUAAAGCCAUCGAUAGUAAGAGACAAGACGAAGAACAGCAUCUAGCUUCUUGGAAGGAAAGUUUCGGAUCUGAUUAUGUUAUUUAAGAGGAAGUUUUGGGGUAGUGGCUCAUUUGACUGUGUUUGAAAGUCCAACAAAUCUAUGGACAGUUUAAGCUUGAAACAUCAUUUCUGGAACUAAUGGAGAUAUAUAAACUGUUGGACAUGUUAGACAUAUAUGUGGUUUGUCUAUUACUUAUCUGAAGACAAAUAAUACUGGAGAGAGUUGUUGGUACAAAUACGGUUCAUAUUUGGAAAGAGUGCCACACCUGGUUGUGUACACGACUACACUUUGCAGCAAGUAUCUUUUCUCUUUCUACCUAGGUCAUCAUUCACAAAUAACACUUUUGCAUGGAGCAGCAAGUUUAAAAGACCUGUCAGGAACUACUUGGAAUAGAGGCUUCAGCUCAUUUGGAAGCAUCACAAAUAUAUGGAUAGUCUGAAAUAAGAUCUUCUGUGGAACUAACGGAUAUAUAUAGAGAGAGAGACUGAUGGAAAUUUGUCAUGCAUUACUUGUCGGAGAGGGUUAUUUGGUACCAGAUACAGUUAGCUAUUCAUCGUUUUGGAGAUGUGAUGCACCCAGUUGUAAACUACUACACUUUGUCUCAAGUACCUGAUCUCAUUUCUCCCUAGAUUAUCAUUUCAAAAAUAACACCUUUGCAGGCUAGAUCCAAGUUACAAGGUCAAAACAACAUCGAGGAACUACUUGAUCCAAGGUUACCUGGCUGUGCACCCAAGUUUGAUGACCUCAACAAGGCUCUUGCUGUCGCAUGGAUGUGCACUAUGACAGAUGAUGUUGAUCGACCUGAGAUUGGAGAAAUCGUUCAAGACCUUCGCUGUUUGGCCGACAGUUUUAGUGAUAAUAAAGGUUCCUUGUCAUCAGCGGCAUGACUGCCAUGGAAUAUCAUUCAAGAAACAUGAGGCCACGAUAUUCAGUCAGUAUAUCUUGACUUAUUCAAUCCAUCUUCAACCUUUUGUGGAAGCACACGAGGGAAAUGCAGAAGAGGAAGCAAAACUCUCACCUGAUACACAUUUGUUCACUGAUUAGAGGCCACACGAGUUUUUCUGUGGGUGACUUGUCCGUCUGAUCUUCUAACAACAUGAGAAAGUACGAUUUGUACACUAUGGUUUGUUAAAGGGCAUAGAAAACCUUGGUUCUGUAGCAAGUUGAUACUCUGGUAGAACAGAGAAUUCAUGUUCAACAUCUGCAUUUGUGAGGAUGCUGAUCAUAAGCAAAAUCUAGAUUGUUGUCAAAGCAACCCUGGAAGCAUGUUAAAUGUGAGCAUAUUGUGUUACUUA